AACAGUAUAGCAUUAGACCCCUAUUAUCUUAUAACUUUGUAAAUCAAUAUUAAGUCACUAAUAUUAAAAACAAAAAACAAAACAAAACAAAAUAAAUAUGGCAGGGUUGCCUGAAAGCUGAAAGCUGAAAGGCAGUGUGCAAGGCACAGGGCAGGCCCUCUUGCAUGGUCCACAGGCUCAGUGUUCUUACUCCCCGAUGCUACAAGCCCAUCCACAGGCACCUGACACCUCAUCUGCCACAUAACUUGCUUGGUCGCUGCCAUGACCAAUCCAAUUAGCAGUGGUGUCAGACUGUUUGAGACCAGAUCAUUCCUGAGCCAUGAAACAGUUAAGAAAUAUCCUGCCCCACUAGCUGCUGUGCUCAUAAAGGUAGUUCCACGUGUACUUCCUUGUGGCUUCAGACGGGCAGACGGGCAGGCGGUUCACUCACUAGCUCACACCCAGCAGGGAGAGAAGGCAGCAGGAGGCAGGACCCGCCACCUUCCAUGCAAAUCACCCUUGCCUGGGAGCACAGCAGGACUCCUCCUGCUGCUGCUCCAGGGCCAUGCUCCUGGGGAGGCCCUGGGGAAGAUGCAGCCCUGGGCGCUGCGUUCUCUUCCUCAUCUUGGCACUCCUGUGCGAUGCGUUGGGUCUGGUCCUUUUGCUUCUGGGCAUCUUGGCGUCACUCGACUACUGGGACUUCUUAGUCUACACAGGAGCCCUAAUCCUGGCUUUCAGUUUGCUGUUCUGGAUCGCCUGGUAUUCCCUCAAUAUUGAGGUUUCUCUUGAGAAGCUGGACUUGUAGUUUGGCCUUGGACAGAGGAGAAGGAACUCGGACUCUCAGAUUCCAUCGGCAGCUGCCUGUGAACCUGGAGAUAUCUUGCAGCAGCAGUUGGAGAAGUGGGGACUUGUUGACACUGCCACCCAGAAUGCCCUGCUGGGGACCCGAGACUGAAAAUGGCAUAUUCAAAUGUCA